AUGGACAACUUUCACUUUCUCUCUCUAACACUCCUCUCUCUCCUCCACUUCUCAGCCUCCUUCACUCCCUCAGACAACUACCUCCUCAACUGUGGCUCCUCCUCCAAUGCCUCCCUCUUCAACCGCGUCUUCCUCGGAGACUCCAAUUCCGGGUCGGGUUUUGUCUCCCCCGCCCGGUCCAUUUCAGUCACCAACAAAAGUCCACCUCAAACUUCACCCUCCCUUUACAACACAGCAAGAGUUUUCACUACUACUUCAAGCUAUAGCUUCAGCAUCAAGAAAAUCGGAACUCACUUGGUACGUUUUCACUUCUCACCGUUUUCGGCUCAGGGUUUCGAUUUGAGGUCGGCUAACUACACCAUUUCGGUUAACCUGCUUGUUAUUUUUACUCAUGCACAUGUAAAUGGAACAGUGAUAAGAGAAUAUAUAAUUAAAUCCGAGACCAAUGUGCUUGAGAUUGUGUUUAGUCCUUUGGGAAAUUCGGGUUUCGGUUAUGUGAAUGCAAUUGAAGUUUUCACAGCUCCUGAUGACCUUAUUUUGGACUAUGGUGUUAAGUUGGUGAGUGACAAUGUAGAUGAGUACAGAAAUCUUUCUUCACAGGUUUUGGAGACUAUACAUAGGAUCAAUGUUGGGGGUUCAAAUUUGACUCCUUUUAAUGACACUUUGUGGAGAUUUUGGGUCCCUGAUGAGGAGUAUCUUGUUCUGAAAUCGGCUGCUAAGCGUGCCUCGACUACUCAUGUGCCGAAUUAUCAGAGUGGAGGUGCAACUAGGGAGAUUGCGCCGGAGAAUGUUUAUAUGACUGCGCAGGAGAUGAAUAAGGAUAACUCAACUGUAGCUGAGAUGUUUAAUAUUACAUGGAAGUUUCCAGUGGCUUUUGGUGGUGCUCCGCAUUUAGUUAGGCUGCAUUUCUGUGAUAUUGUAAGCAAAUCGCUAAACUUGCUGUACUUUGAUGUGUAUAUCAAUGGAUAUGCUGCAUACCGGGAUGUUGAUCUAUCGGUGAUGGCAUCCAACGAGCUUGCGUCUCCUGUCUAUAUUGAUUUUGUUGUGGAUUCAGAUGAUUCGGGGGUGAUAGAAGUCAGUGUUGGUCCUUCUGAUAUCAGUAGUCCUAUGAGGAGUAAUGCAAUAUUGAAUGGGGCAGAGAUCAUGAGAAUGGUGAAUGUGUCCAAUUUACAUGCGCAAAAUGUGUCUACUGCUUCUAAGAAGAAAAACAUAUGGAUUUGGGUGGCUCCAGUUGUUGGAGGAGGCUUUCUUGUUCUGUGUUUGGCAGUGAUUGCAGUUUUACUUGCUUUAAAGCGCAAGAAAACGAAGAAGAAACUACAAACCAGACCUUCAGAAAGUGCGAAUUGGACACCAUUAAGGGUAUAUGGGGGUAGUUCACAUAGUAGAAUGUCUGAGAGGACAGCACUUGCAUCUCCGGGCGCAAAUGGAUACUAUUGCUUGAAAAUCCCUUUUGCUGAAUUACAAGCAGCAACAAAUAACUUCGAUAAGAAGCUAAUUGUUGGUUCUGGUGGUUUUGGAAUGGUUUACAAAGCAGUCCUGAGGAACAAUACAAAGGUAGCUGUGAAGAGAGGUGUGCCUGGCUCCAGGCAAGGCCUGCCAGAAUUCCAGACUGAAAUAACAGUAUUGUCCCAAAUUCGGCACCAGCAUCUUGUAUCACUUAUGGGAUAUUGUGAGGAACAGUCAGAAAUGAUACUGGUUUAUGAAUAUAUGGAAAAAGGGCCCUUGAAGAAACAUUUGUAUGGUUCAGGGCUUCCACCCUUGUCAUGGAAGCAACGACUUGAAAUAUGCAUUGGAUCAGCAAGAGGCCUUCACUACCUUCAUACAGGCUUUGCUCAAGGCAUCAUACACCGUGACAUCAAAUCAACUAACAUUUUGCUUGAUGAUAAUUAUGUGCCUAAGGUGGCUGAUUUUGGUCUUUCGAGAUCAGGGCCAUGUCUUGAUGAAACUCAUGUAAGUACCGGGGUAAAAGGUAGCUUCGGAUAUCUUGAUCCUGAGUACUUCAGGAGGCAGCAGCUUACUGACAAGUCCGAUGUUUACUCGUUCGGUGUUGUGCUCUUUGAAGUGCUUUGCGCUAGGCCUGCUGUUGAUCCACUGGUUGAAAGAGAGCAAGUGAACUUAGGUGAAUGGGCAAUGCAGUGGCAGAAGAAGGGCAUGCUUGAAAAAAUCAUUGAUCCCCAUCUUGUUGGACACAUCAAACCGAGCUCUCUGAAGAAGUUUGGCGAAACAGCAGAGAAAUGUUUGGCUGAAUAUGGUGCUGAUAGGCCAACCAUUGGUGAUGUAUUGUGGAAUUUAGAGUAUGCCCUUCAACUUCAGGAAUCUGGGCCACGACAAGAACUGCCCGUAGGCGGUGAGAGUAAUGAGCUUCCCACAAACAGUAAUCCUCUUGAAGAUCCCUCUCCCAGCAUAAGAAGAUCAGAACAUGAUGGCAUUAGUUCUGAGAUCAAUACCAGCCAAGUCUUUUCUCAGUUGAUGACCAAUGAUGGCAGAUAGCCUUAAUUAGGCUUGUCCUGCAAUAUAUAAUCAAUACUAUACAAGAAGUUUAAGGAUCACCACUCUCCAUAUUAGGAGUUGUGUACUACCACUGAGUCAAAUCUUAGAGGUUUAUGGAGAAGAUGAAUGGUCAUUUGGGUUUUGUGAACAAGGAAGUGGUGUUUUCAGUUGUCCUUCAGGAAAAAAUCCAAUGUACACGUAUCGCGAAUCCAUCGUCCUUGGGACAACAGAUUGUUCAAUCUUUAAGGUCAAUCAAAUCUUGAGGGAGCUUAGUAGAGAGUGGCCUGGGUAUACUUAUGACUUGUUAUCAAAAAAUUGCAACCACUUCUGUGAUGAGCUAUGCGAAAGACUUGGGGUGCCAAAGCUUCCAGGCUGGGUUAAUCGCUUUGCACAUGCCGGUGAUGCUGCAAUGGAAGUAGCAGGAAACACAGCAGUUCGAUUGAAACAAGCAAAGACAGAGAUUGUAUCGGCGAGCAAAGUUGCUUAUCGUUUCCUUGUUGGCGUCACUAACAACAUAGGUUCUCCUGAAGCCUCUGGAAAUU